AUAACCCACCGAUUAAAAAACUCUUUUUUUUUUCUUUUUCAAGUUCGUCAUCGUGAAAUAAAAAUUAUCCCAGCCGAUUACGAUCUUGACAGCAACUCUCACUCUCCUUCUUCUGUCCGUCAAACAAACAAAUAAUCCCUUGAAGAUUAGGUUCCUCCUCUGUAAUUUUAUUCCUUGUUUUCUUCUCCAUUAAGAGUCGUCGCUGUACAUUAAUAUAAAUUACGAACUCUCAAACUUAUUUGAUUAAUUGUUUGAUUAAAGUCUCACUCCAAAAGGAAAAAAAAUGCCAAGCAAGUGUGAGAUCCUAUGUGAAAUCCUUAUCGCGAUUUUGCUUCCUCCUCUAGGCGUUUGCCUCAGGCAUGGAUGUUGCAGCGUUGAGUUUUGGAUUUGUUUGCUACUGACGAUUCUAGGUUAUGUACCUGGAAUAAUUUAUGCGCUAUACGCCAUCGUUUUCGUCAACCGUGAUGAGUUCUUUGAUGAGUAUAGACGUCCUCUUUAUGCUGCGUACUAGUGAGCUUGUAUUACCAAACUGUCUCGUUUUUAAUUCUCUGUGCUGUCUCUCCGUCUUGUAUUUAAAUUGCAGAUCUUGUUUAAACUAAUGUUAAUAAAUUUAAAUUUCAUUAGCAUUCAGAGAUCUGUGUCUGUGUGUGUGUUCCAUUUUGAUGAGCGAUUUGGAGUUUGUAGCUGCUUGUACUCUAAAUUAAUAAAAGAAUAAUGUUUCGCUGUCA